UGAUGGCAGACAAGGAAUUUCAUCUAGCACGGUGGUCAAUGCUGUUGCUAUCCAACCUCCAGCCAGAGCCAGCAUCAUCAUCAUCAUCGUUGCCGCCAUUUGGGCGUAGAAUCGAGCCAGAAAUCAGCCAAUUGUAGCUAGCUAGCUGUUAGUCUGACCCGGUCGAUGAUCGCACCCGGAGGUCGUUGAAAUAGUGCGUUUGAAAUCUCACAUUUGCUGAAGGUGAAAACAACAAACCAGUUCCCCGGGAAAAAGGCAGCCAUGGACGUUACGGUGCUGAUUGCCUGUCUGGCCUUGGCCGGGACGCUAAUCAUCGUGCUGGUGGUGCUGUGUCGAUUGAUUCAGCCGUACGAUGUGGCCUGGUUCCUGUCCGAGCGGGAGGACAAAAUCAAGCUGUCCAAGAUGAAGCUGUACAAUGCUAACGGGUAUCUGAUGCACUCCGGCUCGGAAAUCCUACUGGGCUCGACGGGAAGCUUCCAGCGAUUCGACUCCGUGGAUCGAGACUAUAAACCCCAGUACGGGCAGGGCUCCGGCCUCACAGUGCCCCCGUGGCGAACCACCUCCACCGAGGAGUCCGAAAUACCACCGCAACCGCUGCGACCCGCUCCCUCCCCCAAGGAACCCAAGUUUGGCGCCAAUAAUAAGGCGAUCCAGAAACAGACUUCUGAACCGAAACCACCGAUGGGUCCGAUAAUAAUAUCCCCGAUACCGAGGCCGGUACCCCGGAAGCAACAUUCCGCUCCGAUCUCUUUUCCACUGCCAGUGUUGAAUAGUUCCCCACGGGAAAAAAGGCAUCCCCAAGAGACCCACAUCUGUACCAACCCGUUCCUGAAUCAACCUCCGCUGAAGGAAGAAGUGGAUCCUCCACCGGUUCCGUUGCCUCCAGCACCUCCGGAUCCGCCGGUGGUAGAACAGCCACCGUUUCUGCAACGCCUGAUCCGGUCGGCCAACAACCCUUUCCUGUCGGAUCCCCGGAAGCCUGAGGACGAGUGUUUCUUCAACUUUGAACCGGCUACGGUGCAGUCCGUAUUUGCAGAAGACGAUCCAAUUCGACGCGUCGAAAAGCGUCUCUCUAAGAUGGAGAACUUUCGCAAGAUGUCACGGCUGAUCGAAAGCAAUCAGGUCUUGCUUAACAUCUAUCAGCAGUUCAAUAAUACCCUGGAUCGUUCAAACGAUCCGGAACCUACUCCGUUGACAAGUCGCACCCCUCCGGCCCGAAUCAUCGGAGGACCUUCUUCAUCCUCUUCAACGUCUCCACAACUAUCACCGAAGUUGUUCGACAGCACCUCGAUGUCCUCGCCUCGUAACUCUCCACCUCCUCCACAACCCUCAAACCCUGCUCCAACACUGCCCCUGCAACCGCUCAUUUCCGCCGGUUCAUUCCGGAUGGACAGCAGUAAGUACGACGAUUCGCCGAAAACCGAAGCCGGAGACUUUAUCAAAGUUCCAACGGUAUCGAACAGUAUCAAACACAUCCUGCGGAACAGAUCCUUCUCGGAGACGGAGUUCAGCGAACGGAAACAGUUCAAAUCGAUGGCCUUCAACCUUGUAGAUCCAGCUGAUCCAACCUCAAUCCCGACAAAUAGUGCAAACAGUGCUGCCAGCAGCAGCAAUACCUCCCCUGUUCCGCUUAUGAAAAACUCUUCCUACAAAGAUCUCACGCGGUACUACCAAAACGCCUCCAGCUCUUCCGGGCAGUCACCACAACCACAAGCAGGUGCCUCAACCGGGGCUCUGCCCCGGCCAGUUCCCCUUCACAAAACACUCUCGGAAUCGUUCCUGGAGCAGUACUCACUGGGACGGAAUUCUACGUACAUUCCCGGCGGCUGUGGCGAAUCGUGUAGUUCCGGAUCCAGUGCCAGCAUAUUCGGAGGAGCAUCAUCCACAAAUGAUCGGUUGCGGUCGACAGGAACUGGACCGGGAGGAAUUUUGAAGGCCUCGACCUCGAGUGAAUCGGUGGCUUCGCAGUCGUCGGUGAUUUUCAGUGAUCUCAGGGCGCCGGAUCAGCAACCCAUUACCGGGUAUCUUUGCGUCGGGCUGCAGUGGGAUCGGUGA